AUGAGUAGGGUCUCACUUGAACGUACAGAAACCACGGAGCUGCCAUCCGGUUCUCAUGAUAUCGAGGCGCAUCCGCAAACUUCACCAACCACCGCGGAGCCAACUGGCCUUGAGUCAUUCCCAACAGUGACUAAGGGACCAUCAAAUGACACGGUUAGGAAUCGUGCACGGAGGUCAAAUACGGCGCGCUCAUACCAUCCUGACAAUGUCACUCAUGACCCCAAUUGGCACCCUGGCACGGAGCCCGGCAUAGACCCCACCAAGCCGCUCCCGCCUUACAAUGCGGAUUGGGCAACUGCUGUACCAAGUGACCUAUUUACAAGGUGUGAGAUCAUUGUUGUGGACUUCUCCCAGAAUGAGAUGAGACAAUAUGAGCUUGAUAACGACACCCUGGAGCAAUUUCUUGCGAGAGAGAGGGAGCCCUGGGUGCAAUGCAGGUGGAUUAAUGUCAAUGGUCUCAGCUGGGAUGUAAUUCGAGCCCUGGGAAAUCAGAAAGGCAUACACAGGCUUGCCAUUGAGGACCUGAUCAAUACGACAAAUCGUACCAAAGUCGACUGGUAUUCGGACCAUGCAUACAUUGUGCUCACGUUACAGAAAUUGGUCCGAAUCUAUGAAGAAAAUAGUGACUCGGAUGAAGAGCCUGAACAAGGUCAAUGGGAACAUGACCGAAGGGGCUCAUCAACAAGCAGCAAGAGUGUGUCUCUGAAGCGAGCAACUACCCUGAGUCUCAUUACGGAGGCAUUGAAAGACCUUUUCAGGCUAAAAUCACGAAAAAGAGACCCGAGUAGUGAACCCAACUUAGGGGCAAAUAUUCGCCCUUCUAUGAAGAAAGCCGAAGCAAAAACUACGUUUGACAAUGCCUCAAAUGUUGGGCGAACGGCUCGCAGCAUGCAGCGGUAUCGAGGUGGACCAAACGAAGACCGCAUCGAAUUCAUGGAGCGACAUGCUGUGCUAGCAGCGAAGGGGCUAUCUGUCGCUUUAGAGCAGGUAUCGAUAUUCUUACACGCGGAUAACACCGUGACCUCCUUUUUUGAGACAAGCGCCGACGACAUCGAAUCGCCUAUUGUCAAACGGUUGACUUCUCCGGAGACUAUAUUGCGUCAAUCGUGUGAUGCCAGUAUGCUUGUGCAAGCAAUCCUGGAUGCAAUAAUUGACCUUGCAAUCCCGGUGACCACAGCUUACCAAGAUGCCAUUGGCGACUUGGAACUUGACGUCUUGACUGAUCCUGAUAUCGAUCAGUCUAAGGACCUCUAUAUCCUAACAUCUGAGAUUUCAAUCCUUCGAAAUUCUAUGCAACCGAUCGUAACUAUCAUCAACGCGCUGCGAGAUCAUCGCUCUGAACCAAUCAACACCCCCGGAAUAGGUGUAUUGAAGAGUUACUUUGGGCCCCCGAACUCCUCAGACCCAGCGACAUAUAUAGGCACCGCUACUCCGAAUCUCAAAAGUGUAGGUGGCUCCAGCGUAUCUAUUAGUACCAUGUGCCAUACGUACUUGGGCGAUGCGCUCGAUCACUGCAUUACAAUAGUUGAAGGGUACGACCAGAUGAGACGGGCUGCUGACAAUAUGAUCGAUCUUAUCUUUAAUACUAUCGGUGCAUAUCAGAACGAAAGCAUGAAGCAACUAACGCUCGUGUCUUGCUUCUUUCUCCCUCUCACUUUCCUGUCGGGCUAUUUUGGCAUGAAUUUUGAAAGUUUCGAUGGCAUUAAGCACAGUGAUGCAUACUUUUGGCAGAUUGCGUGUCCCUUUGUAUUCGCCAUUACCGUAUUCCUAAUGCGCGACAAGAUCGUACGAUGGACGGCGCGGCUUGCCCAGAAACGUCUCAUCACCAGCUCGAGGAAGAGACGAAAGCGAGACGCCAUCAGGAGACGAUGA